GGCCAGGUGCGACCAGCCCCGCCUCGCCCACCGGCCGCGACGCCUUAAGACGGGCGCCGCGGGACGGGUCGUGUUGGGGCUGUGCCGGGCGGCUCCGCUCCGGGCGGGAACGGCCCAGGAUUUCAGCCGACGUAGGUGUGAAGCUUGUAAACCAGAAAUUCCUACUUCAAGGAGUGCCCAAGGAGAUGAGGGUUUUAGCUGGGCUGUCACAGAAACAGCUGCUCCCAGCACGUGGAAGCCAGGAUCCGAGAGGCCUGGGAAGGCUGCUUGGCUGAGGGCGACAGGAACAGGUCCCUCCCCGCCGGGGAAGUCACCGAUGGACUGCGGACACUUGCGUGAGAGGGGCGAGGAGACCUCCAGCCCGGGCGCAGAGCCCGAUUCCGUGUUGCCUCCUGCUGCCGGCAGCAAUUCCUGCAGCCCCGCCGUGGCUGGGAGGCCGGCCGGAGCCUCUCCGGGCAGACCCGCUGCCGCUAAUGCCGCCCGGGAGCGCAGCCGGGUUCAGACCCUGCGCCAUGCCUUCCUCGAGCUGCAGAAGACUCUGCCCUCCGUGCCGCCCGACACCAAGCUCUCCAAGCUGGAUGUGCUCCUCCUGGCCACCACCUACAUCGCACACCUCACCCGCAGCCUUCAGGAUGAGGAGGAGUCACCGGGAGAAGGCUUGGGUACCCUCCGAGGGGAUGGGUACCUCCACCCUGUCAAGAAGUGGCCGAUGCGUUCCAGGCUAUACAUUGGAGCCACAGGGCAGUUUCUGACUCACUCAGCGCAAGGAGAUGGUGCAAACCAAGGAGAAACAUCAACAGCUUCACAAAUCUAACCUCCCUUCUGGCUUUUAAAAAGAAUUAUUUAUUACACCUUAUAUAUUUAAGUUAAAAAUAGUAUCUAUAGACAAGCUGCAAUUCCUGAAAUACUGUUUAUAGAGAAGGAAUUUGAUUCUUAAAUGUAAUUAAUACCUCAUUAAGUGAAUGUGAUGUGUGGUUGGUUCUAUCACAGAGGGCAUUGCUGGGGUCUGAUCAGAGGUAUUAGGGAAGGUGACUGCAGCCACCACCAGCAGAAGCGGCUGCUGGUAGAGUGGGACACUGCACCUCCUCUGGGACAAGUGGUGGAGGGGUGUGCUGCAGAGAAGGGGGGGAAAAGGCAGGGUGCAGUACUGGCACUGAGCACUGUGGGCUCAGGUGGAAAGCAAAAGGCAAGCCUCAAAAUAGCAAUCAGAAUCCUGUCUGCACUUUCUUCACUGCAUAAAGCCAAUGCUGGAAAUCCCACGGACCACGGCUGUCAGGCAAGGGCUUCAUCCUUUGGGGAAUCUUAGAUGUCCAGAGCUAUUCCCAGAAGAGUGGAUGCAUGUUCACCUGCAGUAAAAAUGUGCUGAGGUCUGUCUUGCAGCACCAUGUCCAAUAGCCACGAGC